CACAAUCAGAUGGUAUAAUUGUAAACAACUGCACGCGUGACAUGUGUACAUUUUUUGGUGUGGCUUGCUGGGAUGUUUAGGAGGCCUAUUUUAUCCUUAGCUUUUAGAGCUUUUCGCGGAAAAGAGGCUGCAUUUUGGUCAUUUUCCUCCGUUUCGGCGAAACCAAACAUCAUGGAAUACAAACGCAUCGAACCCGCCACCCUGAAGAUUGACGUUGACAAGUUGGCCCCAAUCUACACGCCAGAACUCGAUUCACUGGUGGAAAUUUUUAAGAAGAAUGACUUUGAAAUCAGGGUUGCCGGGGGAGCCGUCAGGGAUUUGCUGAUGGGAAUCAACCCCCACGACUUGGAUUUCGCCACAACAGCGACGCCAGAACAGAUGAAAGAAAUGUUCGACAGGGAGAAUGUUCGAAUGAUCAACACGAGAGGAGAAAAACACGGCACAAUCACGCCUAGAAUCAAUGACAAGGAGAAUUUUGAGGUCACUACUCUCCGCAUUGAUGUGACAACAGAUGGUAGACACGCAGAAGUCCAAUUUACGACUGAUUGGCAGCUGGACGCCAACAGGAGGGAUUUGACCAUUAACUCACUUUUCAUGGAUCUCGACGGAACUGUAUUCGACUAUUUUAACGGCAUUCAGCACAUAAAAGAAAGGAGGGUAAUUUUUGUUGGAGACGCCUCAACUAGAAUUCAAGAGGAUUACCUCAGGAUUCUAAGAUAUUUUAGGUUCUACGGAAGGAUUUCAGAAGAAGCAAAUUCGCACGACUCAGAGACUCUAAACGCAAUUAGGAACAAUGUGUCUGGCUUGUCAAGGAUCUCUGGUGAACGGAUCUGGAUGGAGUUGAGGAAAAUAUUGGAGGGAAACUAUGCCGGGGAGUUGAUUAAUGUGAUGAUCGAAAUAGGAAUUCCUGAGUUUAUUGGACUGCCAAAAACUCCAAAUACUGAAAGAUUUUCAACUGUAUGGAAGAACCUAAAAGGACAGAAAUACAAUGCGAUCACCCUUCUAGCAGGAUUGAUUAGCACUGAGGAGGAGGCACUCGUUUUACACAAGAGACUGAAGCUUUCAGCUUAUGAAAGAGAUUUGCUUCUUUUCAUCACUCUGCACCAUGAAAGGAAGUGGUCUAUGAAGCCCUUAAAUGACAAUGGGGAAUUUUACCUCAGGCCAUACCAAGCCAUUGUUGCCAUGAGCAGAGACAAGCCAAAGGACACAAAGGAGUGGACUGUUCAGCUACUUCUUCACAUUGGCCAGCCAAGCAUGGCGCAACAAAUAGAAGACUGGGAGGUACCAAAGUUCCCAGUUAAUGGACACAUGAUGAAAGAGCAUGCACCAGAAAUAAAUGGCAAACAACUGGGUGUUCUAGGCCAAGAACUGAGACAAUUGUGGACUGACAGCGAUUUCAAAAUGGAUGCUGAAGAUUUGGUCAAACAUAUUCCUCACUUGGUCGAGGAAAUUAAAGAAAAAUUUCCUGCAAAGGCCGCUAAGUCUGGGAAAUCUAAGAAAUAAUAAACUGUUUUUGCUCUUUA